AUGCCUACAACCCGUUCAGGCCGUAAUGCCAGACCCUCACCUCUGCCUGAUGGAACCCUGCCCCGCAAUAUGACGAAGACCAGAACGCCCCCCGAACGUCCCAAACCCCGCCGCCGUGCAGGCCCCAAGUCUGUCAUCAGCAAUGAAAAUGGAGAAGAGCCCCAUCCCCUUCCACGGUCCUCCGCACGGUCGGGUCCCAGGACUUCAUCAGCUGAGGAGGAGGUUUUUCUCUCGAAUUUUUCGAGGCGCCAAUCCAUCAUCCAAAACAAGUCCGACUACACCAAUCCUGAAGCUGAUACAGACGGAGUAGCUACGGAUGGUGAUGAGGAAUCAGGCAAGCCCCUUUCAUUUGCUCCUACCCCUGGACGCAAUUCAGUAGAUGUCACAGCAGGCGAAAAGAACACUUCAGUCUCCACUGCUCAAAGCCAAUCGGACAAGCCAAAGGGCGCCGCUAACGUUUGCAAGGAUAUGUCAGUUCUUUUAGCGUCUGUUGCCCAAAGCGUAUCAAACAUUGCAGUUGCUCCCCCCCACACAACACCUCCUACCCCAGUCCAUGAAGCUCCAAGUCAACAUCACUCAGGAGAUGUCACAGCAGGCGACAAGGGCACUUCAGCCUCCACUGCUCAUCAAUCGGACAAGCCAAAGGAUGCCACCAACAUUUGUAAGGAUACAUCAGCGUCCACUGCCCAAAGCGAAUCAAACAUCGCAGUUGCUCCCCGCCCGCAUAGGUCGGGUGCUGCGAAGUCCUACACACACGACCACAGCGAUGGCGCAGAGAGUUCACCCUCUGACAGCGACUGGGCCGCAGACGAAGAAAAGCGCAAAAAAGUUGCGCGUCCUUCUGCCGUUGACGGUGACGGCAAUGACGGCGGUCCCCCCCCGUCUCCACUUCGAUUGACCCGCGAACGAAAAGGAAAGGGCAGAGCCAAGGAGUUUGAUGACGACGACGACGAGCAGUAUUAUAAUGAUGACCAGGAGGUCAACGAGGAUAAGAGUGACGAAGGCCCAGCCAAGAAGGGAAGGCUGCCAUUGGAAGUGGUGUUAAAGGCGCAGGAACUUGGGCGAACCACCGUCGAAGCAGCCAAAGCGUUAGGGAAAGAAUAUGGCAAAAGUGCGAGGGUGAUUCUAAUUGAGGCAGGACUGGUUAUGAAGGCAACCCGCAAGGAGUCUCCUUCCCCCCCUCUGAAGGACGAUAUCAAGGCUUGGAAGGAGGAGCAAGCAGCGCACUACAAGGCCCAUCCGUACAAAGACCCCAAACACGCAGCGUUGUGGCAGAAGAUUCAGGAGUAUUGGGAUGGUUGCGUUACUGGUGCAACUGAGGACCUAACGUCGCGAUCUGCUAGUUCUCUGAUGCUGCACGUUCGUGAUGAUUUUUCAAAAGCGGCUGGUUACUGGUACCACACCCAUGGCAUUCAUAUUUCUGGUGUUGCAAUAUUCCCUGGUCAUGAAGACGCUGGCCGCCAAGCGUCAGGAUUCUUCUCUGGGUCUGACAUCAUGAAGGACAUCAUCAAUGCACGACAACUUGACAUCAGUCGUAUCUUGGACGAGCUCACAACCAUUCUCAAGUACAAAGACUUAGAGGCUGCGCAAGCAGAAGGUGUGACUUUUAGUUUUCUCCCUCGCUCUACCGAUGUCCCAAAUGGCACGCUUUUGUGCAAUGGCAAGUCCGCUAGGGACAGGAACAGAAAAGUAGCACCAAUGAUCAUCAGCGAGAAGUUUGCUGAAGCUGGCCAUCCGCUCAAAACCUCCAACAACAGGUGGUUAGACAUCCUCAAUACUCUUUACAUUGAGCAAUUGUGCAUCCACGACUGGCCCGCCGGUGUACCGCCCCCCGGCCCCGAUUUUGAUCUCAAAGCUGUGUCAGCGAGUCAGUUGCGUGCAUUGGUAGUUCCUUACCUGAGGAUGCAUCUUGGGGCAAUAGAUGCGAAGACGAAGAAGCGUAAGGGUAAAUCCAAGAAGUCGAACGACAACAGAAGGACAAAGGGUAAAAUAGUAGAGGAGCCAGACAUGGUGUUGUCCAUUAGAGAGUGGUCUGAGUAUGAUGUUGAACAUUUUGAGUCUCAGUCUACCUCAAUGUAUUCAAUCCCCCUGGUCAUCAACACGAACGGCGAGGUCCUCCGUGAGCUUCAAGACUCAGUCAAGUUUUUCAAGGACUUCCCCCUCCCAGAUAAAGCUAGUACCAAGCAGGUAACUGAAGAGCUCCCUUCGUCUGACCAAGAAGCUGUGCACUUGACUCAUGUAGCUUCGCGCCCAACCCAAGGGAGGGCUUCGCGCCCAACCCAGGUGGCUUCGCACCCAACCCAGGUAGCUCCACGCUCCAACCACAGAGCUCCGCGCUCCAAUCAUAGAGCUCCGCGCUCCAAUCACAGAGCUCCGCACUCCAACCAAGAUGCUCGACAAUCUCGCCAGGAAGCUUCGCGCUUGCCUCAGCCUACUAAUUGGGAAGCUCAUCAGGUCCUAGGUCUACUCUCCUGGUUUCCACAUAUACCCGUGAUUCUGUGCAUCCCACUACCUCUCGUUAUGAACAUUCUCGGCGUCCUCUUCAUGAAGGUCAACGUAAAUGUGGUGGCCUACGUGACGACAGUCAUCCUUGGCCCUAUGAUUCAGAUACUCGCAAGCGGACGCGGGACUGAUUACGAAACUACACGCGAGGCUAGUGACUUGGAGAAUGAGACAGGUAGUGGAGAGUCGCCGUAUCCCGUCUGGUCGUCAAUCACACCAACCUCUACCAAUUGCCAGCACCUCCCGUUCUCAGUUGCCAGCGUGUUAAUGGUCUUGCCCGUCACAAUGUGGUCUGUCCCAUUUGGUAUAAAAAGUACCAAUGGUCCUUCCCAUCGCGAUCUGGUCCUUCCCUAUGAUGGUAAAAAGUACCAAUGGUCUUUCCCAUCAUGA